AUGAUAACAGGCAACACCAUUGAAAUCAACACACCCGGAGGGCCGGAGCCCGGAUGUCAUAAGUGUUGUUGCGCCGGCGCAGAAACAAAGUUGACAGUAAACAUGGGAAAGCUCUUAGGAUUCACUGUGCUUAUAUCUAUUUUGGGGGUAGCAGCAUGGAUGGCUUUACCAGUGUUAUUUCCUAAGCCGCCUCCUCAGUUAGACCUGAAUGAGUGGUGGGGGCCUCAAGAGCUGAAGGGCAAACAAGAUACCAGCAUCAAACCUUUCCAAGUGAAAUUUUCGGAUGAGAUGAUCAAAGAUCUAAAAGCUCGCCUUAAAAAUCACCGUGAAUUAGUACCUCCCCUAGAAAGCGUCGGAUUCGAAUAUGGCUUUAAUUCAAAGCAAAUGGACUCGUGGGUAAAGUAUUGGUCAGAAGAAUAUAAGUUUGUUGAAAGAGAGAAGUUCUUCAACAAAUAUCCUCAAUUUAAAACAAACAUUCAAGGACUGGACAUUCAUUUCAUUAGGGUGAAACCUCAGGUACCAUCAGGCGUACAAGUGGUGCCACUCCUGUUAAUGCACGGCUGGCCGGGCUCAGUGCGGGAAUUCUAUGAAGCCAUACCGUUAUUGACGAAACAAACUCAAAGUCAUGAUUUCGUCUUUGAAGUUAUAGUUCCAAGCUUGCCUGGAUAUGGUUUUUCAGAUGCUGCAGUGAGACCAGGAUUAGGAGUUGCUCAAGUGGGAGUGAUCUUCAGAAACCUGAUGAAGAAACUUGGUCAUAAAAAGUACUACAUCCAGGGUGGGGACUGGGGUGCAGCUAUAGCUGGCAACAUGGUCACCUUGUUCCCAAGCGAGAUAUUAGGAUACCACUCGAAUUUUCUGCAUAUUCGAAAUGGAUGCUCACAAGUAAAGCAAUUUAUUGGAUCUAUCUUCCCAUCUUUAGUCGUUGAAUCUCAUUUAGCGGAUAGAAUGUACCCUCUUUCGAAAUUAUUCUCAUAUUUUAUGGAAGAAUUUGGUUACAUGCACCUGCAAGCUACGAAACCUGAUACCGUCGGUGUGGCACUCACUGAUUCUCCUGUAGGUCUUCUUGCAUAUAUUUUGGAAAAGUUCUCAACUUGGACACGUAUCGAGCACAAAACGUUGCCCGAUGGAGGAUUGACCUUCGCUUUUACCAAGGAACAGUUGAUUGAUAACCUGAUGGUCUAUUGGUCUACUAAUUCCAUCACUACUUCCAUGAGACUUUAUGCCGAGACUUUGAGCAAUGCGCAUCGAGCACUAAACCUUGAUAGUUAUCCAACUUUAGUGCCAACUUGGGCACUUCAGGCCAAACAUGAGCUGGUCUAUCAACCGCCAAAUAUCCUCAGAUCGAGGUUCUCAAACCUUCUAGGAGUAACAGUCCUGGAUGAUGGAGGGCAUUUCAUCGCCUUUGAGAAGCCCAAGGUGUUUGUUGAAGAUGUCUUCAAAGCAGUCAAAUCGUUCAGGGAGUGGCACAAGAUAAAGACUGAACUG